AUGUGGUGCUUUUCGCAGUCUCCUGCCUCUCGCAGCUUUUCUCUAGACUGCCCCGGGUAUUGUGCGCCUCGGAAAGACCAGGAGCUGAUCGUUGCUUCCGAUGCCUGCGACAAAGAGGCUAGACGUCGGUCUGCCGCCCGCGAAGCGAUGAGUUUACCAGCUUCUGACCGAUUCUGGGAUGCUUUCCAAGGCAGUUGGUACCGCGUGGAGGACAAUCGUUGUGUCGGUGAGAUGUACGAGAACAGCAUGAUUUGGCACGCCCAGUGGAACAUGCCGGAAGCAGAAAGUGUGCUGGAGAGUCUGAACGAAGACACGAUCCUGCACGAACUUAAGGGUCACAUUCUCCUGGACAGAAUCCGUCGAGAUGCGCAGAUGACCAUACUGUGGAGUGAUGGUGAUGUGUGGCUGCUGAAGCGAUGA